GCCCAGCCCCGCUCCCGCUGCGCGCGUUCGUGCAAAGGCCGGGGAAAAAUGGCGGCGCCCGUCUUACGAGUGUCCACCCCUCGAUGGGAGCGGAUCGUCCGGCUGCUCGUGUGUAUCGCAGGGAUUCUACUGUCACUGUACGCCUUUCAUGUGGAGAGGGAGAAGAGCCGCGACGCCAGUUACCGCGCCAUGUGCGACCUUAGCAGCUUGGUCAGCUGUUCCAAAGUCUUUAUGUCCAGAUGGGGUCGAGGAUUCGGACUGUUGGGAAGCAUUUUUGGGAAUGACAGCGCAGUAAACCAGCCAAACAGUGUCUAUGGAAUAUUCUUUUAUGUCUUACAACUAUUACUAGGUUUGACGGCCAGCGCAAUGGCUGCCUUGAUUCUGAUGACCACGUCCAUCAUGUCUGUGAUGGGCUCCCUCUAUCUGGCAUACAUCCUGUACUUCGUCCUGAAAGACUUCUGCAUCAUCUGUGUCACCACAUACGCACUGAACUUCAUCCUGUUUGUGCUCAACUACAAGCGACUGGUUUACUUGAACGAGGCCUGGAAGCAACAGCUCCAGGCCAAACGGGACUAGAUGGGGGGGGGCAAAUGGGGGGAAAGUGUGACCUUUGACAUUUGUGACUUGCCACCAGGAGACCUUGCUUCCAAACAAAUGUUCAUUCUGUCGUGUGUGUAAAAAAAAAAAAAAAAAAAAAUUAACAAUGAAAGAAAAAUGGUUAAAAAAAAGAACGUUAACAUUUUAGGGGCCACAGAUCACAGGUUUAUUACAUUGCGAAGAAGGAUUUGAAAACGUUUUUAUUUCUGGUUGGUUUUUCUUUGUCGAGGUUUGGGCUGUGAACUUAUGGGGAAAAACAAACAAACGGAAGAGACUGUCCAUUCCCUGAGGAAUAAAAUGAUGGAGGAAACAUGGAAAUUGCUUACUUGAAUCUACUGGGAGAGUCUGUGCUCGUUGUGAGCCGAACUUGAGCUUUCAGCGGGACUGAAUUUAAGGGUUUAUAAAGGGUAAACAUGAAUGAUCAUGAGGUUAAUGUACCGGAUGCAGAGGUAAUUCCACACGUCAUUGAAAACGACAAAUAAUGUGUAAUUUGUUAUGUUUACAUUGUUUUUUUUUUAAUUCAUGUUUUUGGAAGAGGACCACUCAUAAAACACAAAAGAAUGUGAGCUUGUAUGUGUGUAAUCAGAUUUGUCUGUGACUACUUUUUUUAUUUGUUUGUUUUGCAGUUCUGUAAAUAGCUGCCAAAAGCAAUAUUCCAAACUAGGUUGUUUGUUUUACCGUUGAAACAUUAAAACAGAA